CACCCUAUACAUGUAUUUACCAUGAUUCAAUGCUUGAUUUUAAAAUGGCGGCACUUCAAUGUCCUGUGUUUAAAUGUUAUUCACCCUGUUCAGUGACUGUUAAGAAACACCUACGGUGAUAGAAAUUAGUGUUUUAAGUACUUCAGAUUUCAAAAGAAUAUUCUGGUGAAAAUGACGACCUUGUACGAUCAAAUAAAACUUCUUUACGAUCAGUCUUUAUAUUCAAAUGUUAUUUCAUUAGCUAAUUUGGUAUUGUCACUCAGUGAGGACAAUUCAGAUUUAUUGCCUAUACAUGGAAAGUUCCAUAUUUAUGUUUAUUAUGCAGAUGCUCAUUUUCAUUUGGGAAAAUAUAAACGGGCAGAUACCCUUUAUAAAAAAGCAUUGCAAUUUCACAAAUGCUUGUUAAAGUCUAAAGGAGCUAUAAAACCUUUAGAAGGACAAAAGGAUCUUCCAACAGAUGUUGAUAUAAAAUUCCAAAUACAUUUAUGUUUACUAAAAUUAAAAAAUUCUUUAGAAGCACUUCAAGUACUACAAAGUAUUCCUGGAAAGCAAAGAACUCCAAAAGUAAACAUGGCUUUGGCAAAAAUGUGUCAAGAACAUGGAAUGAAACGAACUGCUAUAACAACUUAUAAGGAAGUUUUAAGAGAAUGUCCAUUAGCAUUGGAAGCUGCAGAAGGUCUGCUUUCUCUUGGAGUAAAAGGAAUUGAAGUAAAUUCAUUAAUUGUAGGUUGUGCAUCAAGUUUAUCGAAUUUAGAUUGGUUGAAUACUUGGAUCAAAGCACACGCACACAUUUAUAAUAGAGAAUAUACUCAUGCAGUAUCAACAUUAAGGUCUUUAGAUAAUGUUAAUCUGCUCAGAGAUAACUUUAAUUUAUUAACAACAAUGGGAGAGUGUUAUUACUAUGCUGGAGAUGACAAAAAUGCUUUAUUAUGCUUACGAAGAGCUAGAAUUAUGGAACCAAAUGUUAUGAAAGGGGUUGACAUUUAUGCAGCUGUGUUAUAUAAAAAUCAUCAUAUUAAAGAACUUGAAAGACUGAUACCCAUAAUAACAGCAAGUAAUGAAUGUACUGGAGAAAUAUAUGUCGCCAUGGCAUAUUCUCUUUACGCUGCUAGGGAUUUUAGUAAAGUGAAUACUUUGACUACGCAAGCUUUGGAUUUGAAUCCAAAUGAUAUAGAGGCAACUAUACUUCGGGGAAAUGUACUUAUUGAGCAAAAGAAAUACAAAGAAUCAUUGUUUUUCUUUAGACAUGCAGUAGGAUUAAAACCAUAUCGUUACGAACCCUACAAAGGUUUGGUUGAUUGUUUUGUAGUAUUGCAUAGACUACGAGAAGCUCUCAACAUUGCAAGCAGAUCUUGUAAACAACUUGGACAUACUGCAAGAGUUCUCACGCUCUAUGCAUCUGUACUUAUGAAAGAUCCCGUUUCUGUUGGUAAAGCAAAAAAUCUCUUAGAAAAAGCGUUGCUUCAGGAUGAAGUUUACUUACCAGCAGUUUAUUUAUUAGCUGAAAUAUAUGAACAGGAAAUGAACUUGGAAGCUGCGAUUGCAUUACUUGAAAGACAAGUAGAAAUUCAAUCGACGUGUAAAUUACAUCAGAUGCUUGGAGAUCUUUGGGCCAGGGUACACAAUGAAGAAAAAGCUUUAGACCAUUAUGCUAUUGCUUUAAAUUUAGAUCCAAGUAAUGGAAGAGCAUUGGAAGGCAUGCAAAGAUUAGAUAAUUCUUCAAACAAGCUAGAUUCAGCAUAUUAUAUGACUGUGGGCGAGGCACAAACAGAUACUACCUACGAUGUUGGUGAUGGUUUACCGGAUACUGAUAAUGAUGAAGCACCUGAUGAAAGUGAAACCGAAGCUGUAUGGUCUGACAUGGAUCUUGAAGCAAAUAGUCAAUAAUGUAAAUGAAAAUAUUAGAAAACUGAAUAAUUUUAAUACAUUUGAAUUAGAAUUGUAA